AGCCCAUGCUACUCCUUCAGGAUUCUACCAUCUCUUGCGGCAUGGAUGCAUAAGGCUCCAAAGAAAGAGUAAUGGGAGGAAACAGGUGAAGAUGGAAAGAAAUAAGUAGGAAACUCCCAAGUGGAUAUUGACAGAUUUUAACAUUAUGGGAUAUGCUUUAGGGAAAACUACGAAGUUAAGAAUUUGCCUCUUUUAUUGGGUAGAAUCAUUCACUGAAGAACUGGUCCAAAAAUCUAUAAUGUGAAUGGGUAAAGAAUUAUUGAAGGUAUCAGAUUUGCCCACAAUGGGGACUCCUUUUUUAUGCCUUCAGCAGAUGUAUGAUGACAUACUGGCAGAUGCCCCAUUAGCGAAAGAUAGUCAUGGCUAUGCAGCUCUCCUAAAUCUUCCUGUAUCAUCGCAACAUUUGUCAGCUAAAAGCAGUGAAUCUUGUGCAACGUACCCAUCUUCUCCUCAGCUUGAUGCUCAGAACUCUUCUGCUGUAGACUUGAUAGCCUUCAAGACAGAUAAUAUACCUGAUAGUUCUGAAAAAGUACAGGAAAAGAUGCUGCUUCAGUUAACCUUGAUCAAGAUGGUGCUUGCCAAAGUGCACUCCCAAGUGAUGACAGUCGGAAUGAAGCAGAAAUAUCUGGAGAUCAUUAGAAUUCUCUUGAAAGAAGGCAACGUUGACUCAAAAUUAAUUCAUCUGUUAUGUAGCUCUGAUAAACAGCUCUCUCACAUGGCUUCCAAAAGUUUGGUCUCCCUCAUGCAUUUUCAGUUGGUGGAAGAGAGUUCACUGAAUAGCGCCUGGCUUACUUUUUAUUCAGAGGCUUUGUCAGGAUUUCCCAUUAGCAGCUGGAUAGCAGAAUGCCUGUGGACUCUUACAUACAUGAUAAGAGAAAUUUUGAAAGAUGAUGGCCUGUGCAAAGGAGGUGGCCUGAAGAAACUUCUCACUCCACUGGACAGCGUACUUGAAGGCUUUUAUAAGCACAUAAUGACUUAUUAUUUGGAUAUUUCCCAAGAUAUCCCAAUAUCUGCGAAAGCCACAAAUGACUUGAGUGGUUUUCUAGACCUCCUUGAAAUACUUGUGGCCUCCAGAAUUCAAGUGCCCCUAAACCUAAUCUGCCAAAGAAUUGUAUUUCUGGAUGCAUCUUGUGUCUUGAAUCUUCCCACCUCGCCUGUUCAUGAUUUAAUCAAGAAGAAAUCUAUCAUGUUGCUUAAAAAAUGCAUUCUUCACAAAGCUGGCGAAGACCUAAUAAAGAGAAAGACGCCUCCUUCCUCCCACCAGGACCCUCAUUUCGACAAAGACAGAUUAGCGCUCGCUGGUGCUGUUCUGCAGUUUGUGAAUUUCGGGUGGCUAAAUAGGUUGCCUGUUAGUAAAAAGGCCAGCCACUUUGGAGGCAGUCAUAUUAAGCCUGAAGUGGAUAUCUGUAGCAGUCCUGAUCACGUGACCCUAAGAGCCUUAAGCUUGCUUCUGCUUAAAGCUUUGGAGAUUAAGAUCCAGGAUUCUGCCUCUGAAGUUGAUGCCCGAGCCCAUUUGGAGAGUGUUAUGUGUCAACUGCUGACCUUCUUAAAAAGCCAUCUGAAGCCUUCUUCCUGUAUUUGGCCAUGUGAACAUCCCUGCAUGUGGCUUUCUGUGCUGUUUAUCGAACAAGAUGAUGACAUGUUGGAAGCUGCAAAAGCAUUACUAACAGUUCAUUUGAAGUUUGAGAGGCUCUGGCAUGAAGUUGGCUUUACCUUGUGUCAUUCAGAUGGUGGAACCCGAGACCUUUUGAUGCAUCGGAUGGGCUGCAAUCCCCAUUGUAUCUUUUUGUUUCUGCUAAAAAGUAUCGCAUUUGAUGCCACAGUUCUUCUUGAUUUCCUGAUUUCAUCCGAAACCUGCUUCCUGGAGUAUUUUGUAAGAUACUUAAAACUUCUAGUAGAAGACUGGCACCAUUUUGUCAAAAUUUCUAAAUGUUUCAAGCCCGCAUCCAGUGGCGAUCUCAGCUUUUCUGUUGAGAAGUUGUCCUGCCCAGAAAAAAAUACCUACCACUCAGACUUGAAUUUGCAGGGCACCUAUUAUGAGCCACAGUUGUGUACUGUGGUGCUUUUGACCCCGUCUCUGGACAUUUCUUCAACGGGGCACGUUGACAGUCAGUCUGUAAAAUCCAACAGGUUUGACGUUUUGCCAGAGUCCUAUAACACGUCUUCACUGGGGACCCUUCAAAGGCUGGUUGAUUACGAAAGCUCUGAAGAUUCCGAGGUAGAGUGCGUAGGGGAGGAGUGUUUGGCGGACAUGAAACAGACAUCUUUAUAUAAUCAAACCUGUACAGAUGAAACUGUCCUUAUGGAUGUGGCUUGCCAAACAGCAACCUCAGAUCAAAAAAUGUUGAAUACUUCAUCACCAUCUCACUGCAAGAUAUCCCCAAAUAACCCUGGAUCGACAGGAGUAAUGCUUCAGAAAUCGCUGGAGUGUUUCCAGCAACUGCGAGAAUCAGUUUCCAGGCUACAUGGAAGAAACCUCUUUCCAUACAACCCAGGGGCACUCCUGAAGCUCUUGACUCGAGUUGACACGAUUAGUAAGCAGUCAGAGUCCAAAGAAAUGCAACACUCGUCCCCCAACCAAUCUCUACCGACUUGUUAGCAUUCGGAAGAAUGUUCCUAGAAGUUUUAAGUCGUACCGAAAACUAUAGUCAGAGACAAGCUCUCUGGGAUUUAUCUGUAUAUUGUACAAAAGCUGGUCCAACCAGCCGUGAAAGACUCCUUACAAAUACAAAUCCGUACGGAAGAGUUUGCCCAGCGGAUACAGUCUUGCCUGUGGUAUGGACCUUCAGGGAUUUCUUUGUUUUUAAGUGCAUGUUCCAGUACUGGAGGGAAAAUGCAGUCUUUAAAUAAAUAAAAGUCAUAAUUAAAGUUUUAAU